GUCCAAAACCUCCAUCCGGAUCAGGCAGAAGAGAACGAUGUUUAACUCGGUCAACCUGGGCAACUUCUGCUCGCCUUCGCGCAAGGAGAGGGGCGCUGACUUCGGAGAGCGAGGGAGCUGCGCCUCCAACCUCUAUCUGCCCAGUUGCACUUACUACGUGCCUGAGUUUUCCACGGUCUCCUCCUUCCUGCCCCAGGCCCCCUCUCGGCAGAUCUCCUAUCCCUACUCAGCCCAGGUGCCCCCAGUCCGGGAGGUCUCCUACGGCCUGGAGCCGGCCGGCAAGUGGCACCAUCGGAACAGCUACUCGUCUUGCUAUGCGGCGGCCGACGAGCUUAUGCACCGAGAGUGCCUGCCUCCUUCCACAGUCACUGAGAUCCUCAUGAAAAAUGAAAGCUCCUACGGCGGCCACCACCACCCCAGCGCCCCGCACGCGGCCCCCGCCGGCUUCUACUCCUCAGUCAACAAGAACAGCGUCUUGCCCCAAGCCUUCGACCGCUUCUUCGACAACGCCUACUGCGGUGGCGGAGAGGCGCCUGCCGAGCCCCCCUGCUCAGGCAAGGGCGAGGCCAAGGGGGAGCCUGAGGCGCCCCCGGCCUCGGGACUAGCGUCCCGGGCAGAGGCUGGUGCUGAGGCCGAGGCCGAGGAGGAGAACACGACUCCCAGCUCGUCUGGAUCUGCCCACUCAGCCACCAAGGAACCGGUCAAGGGAGCCGCCCCCAACGCCCCCCGCACCCGCAAGAAGCGCUGCCCUUAUUCGAAAUUCCAGAUCCGGGAACUGGAGCGAGAGUUUUUCUUCAACGUGUACAUCAACAAAGAGAAGAGACUGCAGCUGUCCCGGAUGCUGAACCUGACUGAUCGACAAGUGAAAAUUUGGUUUCAGAACCGAAGGAUGAAAGAAAAAAAACUGAGCAGAGACCGGCUGCAGUACUUUUCCGGAAAUCCGCUGCUGUAACUGCAGGCGGGGGAGGGAAAGAGGGAAAUUUAUUUUAUUUUAUUUUUAUUUUAUAACUCAUCUUUUUCCGCGGGUGGAAAACUGGACUGUGGCCAGGG